AUGGAGGUGAAGAAUAUCAGAGAAGUUGUCUUAGAACAAAAUCAAGAAAUUUGUGUAGUAAAUCCAUGGCAAAGUGAUAAAGCUACGACAGACAUUUGGUAGUGGGUUGAUUCCAAGAUUGACUCCUUGAUGGGAAAUCGACACAUGCCGCCAUUUUAAUAUGUAUAAAGUGAAAAAGCUACUGACUCUCCCCUUCUGUGAGUGAACAAAACCAUUAGAAAAAAUCCCUAUUUUUUGCCCAAAAACCCACCCAACGUGAGUGAACCAAAAUUUUUUAUGAAAAAAAAAAUUGAUAUAUAAGUGAUAAUUAGUAUAAUGAAAUCUCGAGCUAAUUCUGUUUAAUUUUAAACAAAUUGCGUUUUAAAACAUAAAUUUUAUAAAUUAAAUUAAUAUUUGCUUCCCAAUUUUUAUGCAAAUUAGAAUUUUUUUAAAAUUUCGAAAAAAAAAUUUUCUAUAAAAUUUAUAUAAUUUUUUUUGUUCACUCACAGGGGGGGAGUGAGGAAUAUCUAAAGAACCUUUUAGGAGAAAAUGAGGCAGAAAAAUCAGAAGUUCUAAAAAGAGAAUUUGGAAAUGAGGAAAUGAAAAAAUUUGUGAGAUUUUUAAUUUAUAAUCAAAAAAGCCGAAUUGAAAGUAUAGAAGAGUUGGAAAUCAUUAUACAGAAUUAUAAAAAUCAUAUUGAAACUGAAAGAGGACAAAUCGAUGAUUCUGUAGAAGAUUCUCAAAAAGCCGGGAAUAAGCCAAGAUCUCCUAUAAAAGUUGAAGAAAUGGGUUCUGACAUAGAAAUCAACGAAGGAUUAACUGAUAGAAGCAUAGAAACAAAUGAAACAGCUCGCUAUUGAACCUCGCUAGUUGAAGAUCAAAAAUCAUCCUCUUCUUCAGAUGAAGAAAAAGCUCAAAAAUCUUCAUUAAUCCCAUUAAAAAAAUUCAAUAUACCCCUUGAAUUUUUUUAGAUCAUAACUGGCUAUCCAUUUAAUUUGUAAAAUUAAAGUGCACUUAUCAGCUUUUUUGAAAAGUAAAAACGAAAUUGCAAAUCUCCGCUUAUAGGUUCAAGAUACCUAACCAGGCUUAGAUUGUAUAAGACAGACGUCCUGGACCAUAUUUUUUUUAAAAGUAUUAUAGCGAUCUAAUAUGGUACAUAAAUUAUACAGCCACUUAUUCAUCUUCUGAUGAUCCAGCCCGCUUAACCCAAGAAUGUGAUAUUUCUUUUCAUGUAGAUGGUCUAACUGAGGAAAUUUCAUUAUUUUCUGAAAUUUAUCAAGUCCCCUCUAUUGAGUUACCUGCUAAUGAGCUUUCAAACGAGCUAUCUGAAGUCAAAGUCUCAAAGUAAUUUUAAUAUAGCCCUACUCUUGACAUAAAAUUAUGCACUUUGACAACAGUUCCAUUUGGAUGGGUUGUUCAACGAAAAAUAAGUGAUUUUUCAUGGUUUCGCGAUAUGCUGACUACUUCUUAUGCGGGCGUUUAUGUUCCUCCACCAAUUCCUAAAGUUAGCAAAAAAAAUAAAGAAGAUGCAAUAUUUUAUUUACAAAGAUUUAUAAAUGAUGUAAUUUCUCAUCCACUGCUUAGAAGAUCCCCAUACCUCCUUGGCUUUCUAAAAGAAAAUACUAAAGAAGGCUUUACGCUUUUCCAAAAGCAAUCAAAACGCCUAAAGUCACCAAAAAACGUUGAGGCGAUGUUUUCAAUAAACCCUACUUCAAACUGUGACAGUUCGCUUAAUUCAAAUUUCUCUAAAUGCCUAACUGAUUAUAUCAAAAAUACUCAACAUGUCCAGAAAACUAUUAUUAAGCUAUCUAAUCAGUUCGAGAUCCAAUUAAGAGCCACUAUGUCAACUCUCAACAGACUUGCAUAUAAUAUCAAGCAGCUUGGAAAAAUGCAAGAAAUUCUUCCUAACAACAAAUAUCAGUCAGAUUUAUACUCUUCCUUAAGCAGCGCUUUAGAAAUCUGGGAAAAAGUCGAUAACGAAAGAAUAAAAACAGUUAAAGACCGCCUUUGCAAGCUUUUUGAGUAUUCUUACAACGAGUCCAUCCAGCUAUCCGGUUUAAUAAAGAUAAGAGAAAAUUCUUAUCAAGACUACUCAAAAUAUGAAAAAAAACUAAUGGACAAAAAAGGAAAACUAUGGGAGCAAGGAGAUCCUUACAAGUGGUGGGAAAGCUCAGAAGAAGUCUAUAUGGACAUCGACAAGUUAAAAAAUGAUAAAGAGUACGCAUAUUCUAAGAUGAUGCAAAAAGAAACGAAGGUUUUAGAAGAUCUGAAAAACAUUUAUGGGUUUUAUAAUUAUAAGCUGCAAGAUGAAACUUUUAGGCUAUUGAAGUAUGUGACUAUAAGAAAUUGUGAAAACUUCAAAGAGUUUUCAGAUCAUGAAUGGAAUAUAGCGGAGAGGCUGAAGGAUGGCUGGACAGAGUUUGGGGAAAAGCUAGACAAGUUCAAAAUGGAAGUGCUCGCUAAUUAA